AUGGGGGACUCGUUGACCGAUAAUGGCAACAACAAUAAUCUUAUUACAUUGGCCAAAGCUAACUACUUACCUUACGGGAUUGAUUUCUCCGGCGGCCCCUCCGGCAGGUUCAGCAAUGGUCGGAUUAUACCGGAUUUCUUAGCUGAAUUUCUUGGUUUUGACAAAGCUCCUCCGCCAUUUUCAAUUGCAAAUGGUCCUCAGAUUCUCAAAGGGGUAAAUUAUGCAUCGGGAGCUUCUGGAAUUCUUGACGAUACUGCAAUAAUAGUGGGCGAUCGUAUCAGCUUGAAUAGGCAGCUUUUCAAUCACGGACUCACGGUUUCUAAAAUCACACUUUUAGUUGGAAACGCGACUUUAGCAAGAGAACAUCUUAAAACGUGCUUGUACUUUGUUAAUAUGGGAAGUAACGAUUACCUACUCAACUACUUACAACCACGGAUCUCGCUAAGUAGCACUUUUUACACACCACAACAAUUUGCGGAAAAGUUGAUCAAUCAAUACUCUAAACAACUCAGAGAAUUGUACAACUAUGGAGCCAGAAAAGUAGUUGUUUUUGGGCUGGGCUUGCUAGGCUGUACACCUGGAAUGUUGGCUAGAAGCCCAAAUGUUAAUGGGUCAUCUUGCAUAUACUCUAACAUUUCAAAAGUUGUAGAGCCCUUCAAUAAUGGAUUGAAACCACUUGUGGACACACUCAACAACAACUUACAAGAGGCCCAGUUUAUAUUCAUAAACACCACAAGCAUUUCACUUGUGGACACAUCAACCCUAGGUAUAAAAGUUACGACCGAGCCAUGUUGUGUGGUAUCAGAAACCGAUGUAUUAUGUGCACCCGACAAAAUUCCGUGUAGUAAUAGAAACGAGUACACAUUUUGGGACAAUUACCAUCCAUCCGAAGUUUACACUCGGGCGGCGAUUGCUAGGGCAUAUGAGGCGGCCUCACUGAACGAUGUCUACCCGUUUGAUAUUCGUCGUUUAGCUCAACUAUAA